GGAGGGGUACCCCCCGCGUACCCGGAACGUCCAUGUAGGAUUAUUGAAACGGUGCGGUUUGCACCGUUUCAAUAAUCCACUCGUUUGCCUCCCAGAUAUAGAAAGGCCUUUUGAACUCAUAAAACUGGUUUCGGCCAUGGAACCCCGAGGGACUUGAACCCGCGUUUCGCCUCAGCAAGAAGAUCAUGGAACCCCGAACGGAAGCGUACGGGAACCUUCCCAAGCAAGCAACGAAAAAGUUUCAAGCAGGGUGGUCAUCUUCUUCUGCUCAAACACACGACUGCCCCACCGACGUCAUAGAAGACGAAACACAAAGGGAGUUUAAGAAUAAGCUGGUUUCCACCACGGACUCUUCUUCAUCUUUUGGUAAACCAAGUCUGGGUCAACCAUUAUGCUUCUGUGAAAUUGAAGCCCAACUAAGAUACUCAUCUACUAUAAAAAAUCCAGGACGACCUUUCUUAGGGUGUCCUAACUACAACACAAAGGGAUUACCAUAUUGUAAGUAUUUCAAGUGGGUUGAGGAGGAUCAAUACAAAAAGUCCGAUCUAAGAGAAACUCACAAUGAACUGUUAAGAGCCAAGAAAGAGCUGGAGAAGAUACUCGAUGAUAUCGAAAAGAGCAAAAUUGAUCUCCGUAAGAGAGCGGAUGAGAUCGAGAUGAGAGAGAUGACGCUAUCCAAUAGAAAUGAGGAGGUUGUGAAGAAGGAGUUGGCGGUUCUUGUACGCGAAGCGCAAAUAAGACACUCACGCACACUACUCCGAGUGUAUUGGGCUGCCGCAUUUGUUGUAGCAUGUUACUUGUCUUGCAAAUAGGUGACUUAGGAUUAGUGUUAGAAGUUAGUUGCUAUGUAUAUCUAAGUUGUUUAUAUGUUGGUUGGUGAUGUUAGAACUUAGUCUGGUUGUAUAGUCUAAUUGUAUUUUAUGACAAUGACAUAACUUGUGGAAGUAGCUGUUUAUAUAUUUAAUAUAUUAUUAUAUAUCA